AUGAUUUUCGCAUCCCUGUGUGGGAAGAAGGUCGGAUUGCAACGUCGUACGGAUUUGCUGAGUACCGAGUUCGAACUUAUUAGGCUGUUGGGGAUUGUUACUCGAAUUGCUAGAAGAUGUGCAGGCGUGGAUGUCUAA